AUGAUGCUGGUGCAUAUUGUCAGUUUAUUGUUACUAUUAGAUGAGGGCGUCCACGCCACGGGAGCAGCCCAGUUCGCCGUCUCGUCGUCGGGGUGGCGGGAGCCCCUGGACUGCGUGCGUGCCUCGGAGCUGUGCAACCAGAACGGCCAGUGCAGCUCGCGCUUCCGCAUCAUGCGCCAGUGCCUGUCGGGCGGCGACAAGGAGCGCAGCACCAUGCUGGCCUCCAAGGAGUGCCAGGGCGCCCUGGAGGUGCUGCAGGACUCGCCGCUCUACGACUGCCGCUGCAAGCGGGGCAUGAAGAAGGAACUGCAGUGCCUGCAGAACUACUGGAGCAUCCACAUGGGGCUCAGCGAGGGGGAGGAGUUCUACGAGAUGUCUCCCUACGAGCCAAUCCACUUCUCUGAGGAAUUUAGACACGCCUCAAUCAUCUCAGCCAUGAACUCCUCGUUGGCGAGGGUGGGCCCCUGCGCCGACGCGGCGCAGCCCUGCAACCCGUGUCUGGACGCCGCCAAGGCGUGCAACCUCAACGACACGUGCAAGCGCCAGCGCUCCGCCUACAUCGCCAUCUGCACCAAGGCCACGCCCCCGCAGCUCGCCUUGGCCAAUCAGGAGCCUUGCAGUCGGAAGCGAUGUCAGAAGGCCCUGCGGCAGUUCUUGGAGCGCGUGUCCUGGGAGUUCAGCUACCCCCUGCUGUUCUGCUCCUGCCGGGACCAGGCGUGCGCCGAGCGCCGCAGACAGACCAUCGUCCCGGCCUGCUCCCACCAGGAGAGGCACAAGCCCACCUGCACCGAGCUGCGGCGCACCUGCAGGUCCGACGCCCUGUGCAGGUCCAGACUGGCUGACUACCACAUGAACUGCCAGGUGACUCCUCACACCGUGACGGGGUGCCCGCAGGAUAACUACCAUGGCUGCCUCAUGGCCUAUGUUGGCCUCAUUGGCUCCGACGUGACGCCGAACUACAGCGACAACAGCCCCACCAACAUCACCAUCAGCCUCUGGUGCACCUGCAGAGGCACGGGCAAUCAUGAGCGCGACUGUGAUGCCUUCCAUCGGGACUUCACACAUAACUCCUGCCUCAGAAACGCAAUACGCGCGUUUGGCUAUGGCUCGGAGGCACCACUUCCUGUCACGGAACCCUUGCCCACGUUCCUUCCCCCCGCCCAGCCGCCGAUCCUCGCCAAGCCUGGCCCUUCUCUCCAUGGCAACGCGCUCCAACCAAUAGACAGCGCUUGCAUGUUCUCCACUUGUGCUAACUUGCAGGACAGUGGACGGAAAUGCAUUCCCUCCGACGACUUUGACUGCGAGGAGGGCUCCAUAGAGUCUCGGAACCGGGACGAGGCGGAGAGCGGCGGCGGCGGCGACCAAUCACAGCGCAGCCUCUGUGUCACGGUGGGCGUAUCCAUCCUGGCCGAGUUCCUGCUCAGGGUCCUGUACUGA